GGGAGGUCUGGCGCUGUCCACUGCACCACCUGGCCACGCACACCACAUGGUGGUUUACGAUCCAGUAAUGGAAUAGUCAUCAGCUCAGUCAAGUUCUGAACCUUCCCAGAGGUCACUUUUUUCAAGAGAAGGAUCAUGACUUGUGUUGAGUCCCUGACAGGAUCAUUGGGACUACUUGUCCAGGAAUACUGUAUGUCUGAAUACUUGAGGAUGAGUGGAAUCUAUUGGGGACUAACGGUGAUGGAUCUAAUGGGACAGCUUCAUCGAAUGAAUCGAGAGGAAAUCCUCACUUUCAUAAAGGCGUGCCAGCAUGAGUGUGGUGGCAUCAGCGCCAGCCUCGGCCAUGAUCCUCACCUUUUGUACACUCUUAGUGCUAUUCAGAUUCUUACUCUUUAUGAUAGUCUUAAUGUUAUUGAUGUAAAUAAAGUUGUUGAAUAUGUCCAAAGUCUACAGAAAGAAGAUGGGUCCUUUGCUGGCGACAUCUGGGGUGAAAUCGAUACAAGAUUUUCUUUCUGUGCUGUGGCAACAUUAGCACUUUUGGGGAAGCUAGAUGCCAUCAAUAUUGAAAAGGCAAUAGAAUUUGUUUUAUCCUGCAUGAACUUUGAUGGUGGAUUUGGGUGCAGACCGGGCUCCGAAUCCCACGCUGGGCAGAUCUAUUGUUGCACAGGAUUUCUGGCAAUUACUAGCCAGUUGCAUCAAGUCAAUUCCGAUUUGCUUGGUUGGUGGCUUUGCGAACGCCAGUUACCGUCCGGUGGCCUCAAUGGACGACCAGAGAAGCUACCAGAUGUGUGUUAUUCCUGGUGGGUGUUAGCUUCCUUGAAAAUAAUCGGAAGACUGCACUGGAUUGACCGGGAGAAAUUGCGCAGUUUCAUCUUGGCUUGUCAAGAUGAAGAGACCGGAGGGUUUGCAGACAGGCCAGGAGAUAUGGUGGACCCUUUUCAUACUUUGUUUGGAAUUGCUGGACUUUCUCUGUUAGGAGAUGAACAAAUCAAGCCAGUCAAUCCUGUGUUUUGCAUGCCUGAGGAAGCACUUCGAAGAAUAAAUGUGCAGCCAGAACUUGUGAACUAGACAGCAGGCCCACUAGACUUGUACUGUUACCUUCUUUACUUUUUCAAAUGUGCACAUGAAUAUAGCAAAAAAAACCAAGCAUUUUGGUGAAUGCUCUGAUUUUGUACAUUGUGUCAAAUCGAUUUUAAUAAAUUAUAUAGUCAUAUAUUUAUGUUACAUAUAUAUUGUAAAAAGUAACUCUGUCCUAAUACUUAGCUUCAGGUGAUUCACUGUGAUGCUGAUUGAUAGUGCAAUAGUUUAAUGGUACUUGAAGCAUGUGAUGGGUCAUCAUUUCAAGAAGCAGGAAAAACUAGCAUGCUUAGUGUUGCAGUAUUUUAUGCAUGUAAUCCCUUCGGAAAUGAUUGCCAAGUAUUAGAAUUUUUGAUGGGUAAAUAAUGAAAAGAUGUCAUUUCUGUUUGAUAAGCUCUUCAUAAAAACCCACCAACAAAUGAAAGCCCUUCUUUAUCAGGACUGUAGAAGUCUUUUGUCAUUAGUGUUCAUGUAAAGUAAACUUGAUUGUAACAUCUUGUACUUGGGAAAGGACUGAUUUGUUGUGCAGACUUGGUUCCUGUAAAUGGGUUAGGAAAAGUUAGGACCCUGCCCACCUAUAUUGCAUACUCUUGUACACGUCCCAGAAAAACGUGUCCGAACGGUAAUGUGAUGAUUUUCAGCCUAGCAUGGAAAAAUGACAGAAUAAAGUGAGUAUCUGGGUUGAGA